CUGAAUAAUAGAGGAGGAGUUAUAGGCGAUUAAAACAAAAGGGGGGGUUAUAAAUAUCCUUUCCUUUCCUCGUUCACCGUCCUUCUCAAAGGUCUCCACCUCUUCUUCCUCUCUUAUCGUACUCUCAGGGUUUUGAUCUUUCUCUCUCGAUCGCAAAACCUCUCCCGAUCCUUUCGAAUCGGGAAUCCUCAAGGUCCAGGAGCGCUUUGGGAAUCAAUCUUUCAGAAUGGAGCGCAAGACGAUUGAUUUGGAGCAAGGAUGGGACUAUAUGCAGACUGGUAUCACUAAGCUGAAACGGAUUCUUGAAGGAUUGCCUGAGCCUCAAUUCGACUCUGAGCAGUACAUGAUGCUCUAUACGACUAUCUACAACAUGUGCACCCAGAAACCUCCCCAUGAUUACUCGCAGCAGCUUUAUGACAAGUAUCGUGAAGCUUUUGAGGAAUACAUUAACUCAACGGUUUUGCCUGCUUUGAAGGAGAAGCAUGAUGAGUAUAUGCUGCGGGAGCUGGUUAAGAGAUGGUCUAACCAUAAAGUGAUGGUUCGAUGGCUAUCCCGAUUCUUCUACUAUCUUGACCGUUACUUCAUUGCUCGGAGAUCACUUCCACCGCUGAAUGAAGUUGGCCUGACUUGCUUCCGUGACCGGGUUUAUAACGAGUUGCAUUCCAAGGUCAAAGAUGCUGUAAUAGCACUUGUUGAUAAAGAACGGGAGGGCGAGCAGAUUGACAGGGCUCUACUAAAAAACGUUUUGGAUAUCUAUGUAGAGAUUGGAAUGGGACAGAUGGAAAGAUACGAAGCGGAUUUUGAAAGCUUCAUGCUUUUGGAUUCAGCUUCUUACUAUUCUCGCAAAGCAUCUAGCUGGAUCCAGGAAGAUUCUUGCCCUGAUUACAUGUUGAAGUCUGAAGAAUGCCUUAAGAAGGAGAGGGAGAGAGUGGCUCACUACCUUCAUUCAAGCAGCGAGCCAAAGCUGGUUGAGAAAGUACAACAUGAGCUGUUGGUUGUGUAUGCAAAUCAGCUUCUAGAAAAAGAGCACUCAGGGUGCCGUGCAUUGCUGAGAGAUGACAAGGUUGAUGAUCUCUCCCGGAUGUACAGGCUUUAUCAUAAAAUUGCUAAAGGUUUAGAACCUGUUGCAAACAUAUUCAAGCAGCAUGUCACAGCCGAGGGUAACGCACUCGUCCAACAGGCGGAAGACACGGCCACUAAUCAGGCUGCAAAUAUUGCUAGCGUGCAGGAACAGGUAAAAACAGUGUCAAUGUUUUUACUAGUGAAGAUGUUGUCGAACUUAGUAAUUCACGUUUUCUUUCUAUGCUUUCAGGUUCUCAUCAGAAAAGUGAUUGAGCUACAUGAUAAAUACAUGGUCUAUGUCGUUGAGUGCUUCCAGAGCCACACCCUCUUCCACAAGGCUCUGAAAGAGGCAUUUGAGAUAUUCUGUAACAAAACGGUCGCUGGAAGUUCAAGUGCAGAAUUGCUUGCAACAUUCUGCGACAACAUCCUCAAGAAGGGGGGUAGUGAGAAGCUGAGUGAUGAAGCUAUUGAAGACACGCUUGAGAAGGUGGUCAAAUUGCUUGCCUAUAUAAGCGACAAAGAUCUGUUUGCCGAGUUCUACAGGAAGAAGCUGGCACGCAGGCUCUUAUUUGAUCGCAGUGCUAAUGAUGAUCAUGAGAGAAGUAUUCUUACAAAGCUCAAGCAGCAGUGUGGUGGGCAGUUUACUUCUAAGAUGGAGGGCAUGGUGACAGAUCUUACACUAGCCAGAGAAAACCAAACCAGUUUCGAGGAAUAUCUAGGCAAUAACCCCGCUGCAAACCCAGGAAUUGAUUUGACCGUGACUGUUCUUACAACUGGUUUCUGGCCAAGCUACAAAUCUUUCGACAUAAAUCUUCCCAGUGAAAUGGUCAAGUGUGUUGAAGUUUUCAAAGGGUUUUAUGAAACUAAAACGAAACACAGGAAACUUACAUGGAUCUAUUCACUAGGAACCUGUCACCUCAACGGCAAGUUUGAUCACAAGCCCAUUGAGUUAGUUGUGUCGACUUACCAGGCUGCUGUGCUUCUGCUGUUCAACACAACAGACAAAUUGAGCUACAACGAUAUCCUAACUCAACUGAACCUGAGCCAUGAAGAUCUAGUGAGGUUGCUUCAUUCCUUGUCAUGCGCUAGAUACAAGAUCCUUACCAAGGAGCCAAGCACAAAAACUGUUUCCCAGACUGAUUCAUUUGAAUUCAAUGCCAAAUUCACCGACAGAAUGCGCAGAAUAAAGAUCCCUCUCCCUCCUGUUGAUGAAAGGAAGAAAGUUGUGGAAGACGUGGACAAAGACAGACGCUAUGCGAUUGAUGCUGCGAUCGUGAGGAUCAUGAAGAGCAGGAAAGUGUUGGGACAUCAACAGCUUGUCUCUGAGUGCGUUGAGCAGCUUAGCCGAAUGUUCAAGCCUGAUAUCAAAGCCAUCAAGAAGCGUAUGGAGGACUUGAUAACGAGGGACUAUUUGGAGAGGGACAAGGAGAACCCUAACAUGUUUAGGUACUUGGCUUAGAAAAAAGAAAACAACUAUGGAGGUGGUUUGGCUCAUGAAAGAAAGGGGGUAAUGAAUCGAAGCAUCUCAGCUGCUCUCUGCUUGUAUAUGAGAAUCUCAUUUGGAUACUUCUACCCUAAGAAAAAACUUUGUUUUUAAUUUUUUUUUUGGUUAUUUCCUUGACAUUCGGUCUUGUGCUUUUUUUUCUUGGGAUGCAAACUACCUUCUGUCAUGUUUUGGUUUCUUGGAUAUGAAUUGGAGAUGGCUUAAUGAAUUGAUAAUAUCUGCCUUUAAUUA